ACACACUUCCACACGCCGAGCAAUCAGGAAGAGAAGUGCGGCGUCGCCACACAGAUCAGGUCUUACAGAUUUGUCUCUAACUCAAAACUGAAAAUGAGCAACAGCACAGAGGAGGAUGCGGUGCUGGUGGACAUGGAGUUAUCUGUGUAUUCUCAGGUGGUGUUUAUUGAUGUUCCACAUGCCUAUCCACUUCAUUCUGAUGUGAUCUGCUCCUACAAGCUGACAGGAGGUCUGACACCCAACAAUAAAGACUGGAUAGGCAUAUACAAGGUUGGCUGGGAAUCAACACAAAAAUAUUAUUCUUAUGAAUACACUUCUUCGGAAUAUAAAGGACUUGAUCCUGUUGAUCAGCAAGUUGUCUUUAAGGAACCCUAUCUCCCUAAAGAUGAUGGGGAGUUUUAUCAGUUCUGUUACGUGGAAAGCAGUGGAAAGGUGCGAGGAGCGAGCACACCAUUCCGCUUCCAAAACCCAGCAGAAACAAGCGUGGACUGUAGCCUUUUAGUGAUCUCAACACCGGAGCAAGUGCAGCAGAUGGAGAAUGAAAAAGAGGCCUUACUGACUGAGAUCGAACAAUUAAAAGAAGGAAAAACUAUUUUAAAAAAUGAGUUGGAUGAAAGACUUCAAGAGAUCUGCCGUCUCAGGAUAUACAUUGAUAUGCUGAAGUCCAAUAGCACAGAUGACACAUUUCCGCUUAAAGAGCAGCCUGAAAGUGCCAAGCAGGUUAUCAGUGAGCAGUCUUUUUCCUCUGAUGCUAUGGCAGAAUCCAAAUCAGAAGAGUCACUGACCCCUAACCAUGAGAAGUAUGAGAAAGCAUUGCUGAAGAUUAACUUGCUGAAGCAGGAUAAAGUUCAGCUUGAACAACAAGUCCAGGAGAAGGAUACAGAGAUUUCAGAGCUGAGGCUCAAAGCAAAAAAGCUAGAACAAGACUAUACCAGAUUACAAGAUCAAUUCCAGCUUCAACAGGUUGAUAUGCAAAGUAUUCAGAAAGAGAAGGAAAGGUUGUAUGCUGAAAAAGAGCGAAAGACGCAGGACCUGGAAAGAGUGCAGGAAGAGAACAAGUCCUUACAUGCGACUUUUUCCAAGCAAGGACCUCCUAUGGGGGACAAAGGUGAUACAAAGAUGCAGAUGCUGACCCUGACCAAUGAACUUACAGAAGCCAGAGGCUCACUGCGUAAAGAGAUCCUGAACAGCAAGGAGGCUAACAAACGUGCAGAGAAAGCUGAGCUAGAGUUAAAAGAACUUCAGAAGCAGCUUGAGAAAAGGACUGUGACUGAGGAAAGUCAGAAAGAGACGGAAUUGGUUGAAGCUCGUAGGAGAAUCAGUGAACAAGAAAACAUCACAGAGGUUGUGCGAUUAGAAAAUGAAAAGCUGUCUGAAGAAAACAAGGAACUCAAACGUGAAACAGAAAGGUUAAAGACGUUAAUAUAUGACAUCUCAUCAGGAGCAAAUGUGAGCGGCACUCAGCAUCAACAAACCCCUCUCAGUCCAGUGCCUGCAUCUCCUGUCGACACCCAGCAGCAGCCAGUCCCACAUUACUAUGAGGAAAUUUCUGGAUCCUUUGGAAAUCACGCUAAUGCAGAAAACAAGGCAAAGGUGUGUCGUUAUUGCCAAGUGAUCUUCCCCGAUAUCACUGAAGAUGAGCUGGUGAUCCAUGAGCAGUCCCACAAGGUGUGCCCUUUCUGCACACUCAUCUGUGAUGAUUGUGGACAGCAGGAGUUUGAAAACCACGUCUAUAGCCAUGAGGAAUAGACAUACUUUAGCACCUGUUUUCUCUUAUAUGAAUAACCCAGACCUUGUACCUUAAAGGAUUUAAUACUGUAUUCCUAGUGAUCACUUGAAAAUAUUAUUGUAUUAUUUAUCUUCUGUCUUUCAAAGUUGUAUAAGAAAUAAUAAAACAUAAAAUUAAAAAAGGGAUUUUGCUAGUUGUAUAACCACACUGCCCUGGAGAUCUUACUCAAUUUGUUUAUACUGUAUUCAGUUUCUAGUUAUGUGGGAAAUCUAGCGAUUUACAGAACUUCAACCGUAAACAUACAUUUCUUAGGUAUCAGAGCCAGAACAAUAUUGUUUCUAUAGGACCUAGAAUUCCUACAUCCCUGGUUGAUGAUUCUACUUUAAACCUUAUCUGAUAGGAAAAUGAUGUUGGAGGGUUCUAAACAGGACCUUUAAAUGUUCUAGAUUUCAGCUGUAAUAUUUAUGCUCAAAUCUGUGACUUUAGACUUUUGGGAAUAAUAAAGGUUUAUCUUUUCAAACACA